GUGACAUCCAAAGUAAAGACAACAGCUGCUGCACGCAACAAACCAGCAGUUGGUUUUCCAUCUUUUCGUGCCUAAGGAACCUAUGAGCUUUUGGAUCGUGUCCACCGCAAGAACAGUCUCAAGCUCUCCAAGCUGGAGCAAUCAAGGAACGCGCAAGAUCCACCAGAGCACUCUUCACCUGCUCCGAGAAACUCGCACGAAACUGGAACCAGGACAGCGACCCUGCUGA